GAUGGAGUUGUUCCUCAGCCUCAGCUUCUGGGGGCCCGUUCCAGGCCCUGGGGCCGUCAGGAAUGUACCAGCGUUUAAAUCUGACUUGGAUGACAGAUCUUGAGCGGACACACCUUGGCAUCUUACCACAUCCACCAGCUGGGAGAUCCGGCCCGCGAGUGAUUGAAAAAAUGGCACAGGUUGCAAAGUCGGAUGAGUCGGGUAUCAGGUAUAAAGCCGUUGUCGUGUUCGCUGUCGGAGGCAGAUGCAGGGAGUUCGGCUGGAAGGCCUCGCGGGAGACCCUGGAGGGUGCCCUUGCGCCCUUUCCGGAGCAGCUUGUGCCGUUGCGGGAGAAUGUCCUCGGCGCUGGAAGGACUUCUCUCAGCCUGUGCAUAGACGGAGUGGAAGGCUGCCUGAAGUACACCCAUCAGAAACCUUAA